AUGGGUCUACGCAUCCUCAUCGUCGGCGGCGGACUCGCCGGACAGGCUACCGCGCUUGCCUUGCGCAGAGCCGAGCAUAACAUCCAGGUCUUUGAAAAUUCAUACCUCACACCCGAAGACACAGCCGGCCCCCUCGUCCACCUCGGCCCCCGCUCCAACGACCUCCUCCGCAGCUGGGGCGUCGACACCGCAGUCGCCAAGGGUGUCCUCAUCAAGUCCAUCGACAAAUUUGACCGCGAUGGGAACGCAAAGGACACUGGUGCUGUUUCGCCGCCGGGUUGGAUGUAUUAUGAGCGUAGCAGGCUUCAUCGGGCUCUUCUUGGCGCCGCUACGGCGUCGACGGGGUCCGGUGUACCUGUUGAAGUGCGUCUUGGGACAGAGGUUAUCUCGGUGGAUACACAGGCUGCGAGGGUUGUGUUGGGUGAUGGGAGGGUUUUUGAGGGGGAUGUUGUUGUUGGGGCUGAUGGGUUCUAUUCAACCGUCCGCAAGACGAUUGCCCAUGUCGACACUAUCCCCGUCAAUGACCGGAAAAUCGCUGUUCAAUUCAGCAUGCAGUCGUAUUCAGGCCCGCUCACACAACGCUUCCCGAAUCAGCCGGAGAGAUACGAGAAAUGGACAGGGUCGGACCUCGAGGUCCGAGUUUACUCCGUUGAGCCGGGGUAUCUGCUCUUCGAGUGCACACUACCUGCACAGGCGGGAACCGAAACAACCCCCGCCUCAGUUAAAGCGCAGCUCAUACAAGCCUUUCCAAACAACCAGACAGAGCUCGCCCAGAUCCUGGCUGCACUCGACACCAAGAAUCUCCACUUGUGGACACAGGCGGAAUACCCACGGGUCCAGACAUGGACAUCGAACAAGAUUGUGCUCAUCGGAGACGCAGCGCAUCCAUUCCUGCCGCACGAAGCCCCGGGGACAUCCCAAUCACUCAACGACGCAGCGGCCCUCGCUGCAGAGCUCUCCUCGGACGUGAAGGCAGAGGAUAUUCCACGCCACUUGGCUGGCUGGACAGCACUUCGGAAGGAGCGCCUGAAGACUCUACCAUGUUUCUAUGCCAGCGCCUGCACAUAA